UAGAGAAAGUAAGGAUCCCAUGACGCCCACAGCCCCACAAUGACAUCACCGGCUCUAAAAAGAAGCGGAAGAGGGAGAUGGGAGGCACCCCACUUAUUAGAUUUCGUCGUAAGGUCCUGUUCACAAGUGAAGAUGCUGCUGCGUCUCUGUGAGGACGCCUGUGAUGUGCGCAAGCGGAGCGGCUGAUUCUGGGCAUCCUGGUGAACUUCUGAGGAGACGGAAGCGCCAAGGCACCGAUAAACGACCCCCGAGACGCACAGACUGAAGCUCCUCUGCAGGGAUCAUUUCACUACUGAAGAAAUAACGCGUUAUUAACCUCAUAUCUGGCUUCGUGCGCAGGGCUGGAGAGCUUGAGAUUAACUUUGAGCUUUCUCUUGUUCGAUUGAGUGGAAGCGUGAGCAUCAGCGCAGGCUAUCCUUCGCUUUUUUAAUUUUUCAAUCUCUGUAAAUAUUGCGUUAGAUUAACUUUAUUUCACCUUAUAUGUCAUUCUGUGAAUCCUGCUCACAUGAGACGGACAGGUAUGUGCGCGUCUCCAAACGAGGACGCACGGGGAUGUGGCGAGAAGUGUCGCGAUUAUUCACUCUAAUCCAGUUUCUUAUGUUCAUUGUUCGAUUGACCCAAAAUUUGAUGACUAUAAAUUAAAUCAUCCCAUAUUCAAGACAAGAAAUCAACCCACUGAUGAAAGAAAACGGACCAAUCAUGAUGCGUUAAAGAAGUUUUAGCUCUUCGGGCUGUAUUGUAACUCUGCAAAGGUUGAAGCACAGCAAUCAGCGUCACAAAAAAUACUUCUGUUUUGCGGGAGGAAAAUCUGUCUUACAAAGUGCAAAGGCGUUUUAAUUGAAAGGCACUGAUCCGUGUCUUGACGCACUGCCCAGGACUGUUUGUGUGCUUAAAAUGGACUUGGAAGACCUUCCGUGGAGGAUGCAAGGGAGCUAACGUUUGGAAACGACACGGACACAAAACGAGAACAGUUGAGACUCCUGGAAAUCUAAUCCCAGCAUGGCCUCGGUUCUGGACAGCGGCUGCUCCAUGGAGCUGAGCGGCUGGAACAGCAGUGUGAGCAGCUCCGGAGCCUCCGUCCCCUGCAACCAGAGCGUCCUGCAGCUCGCCCCUUACUCCCCCGAAGCCACAGCGGCCUUUGCCACCGCCAUAACCUUGAUGGUGCUCUUCACCAUUGUGGGGAACAUCAUGGUCAUCAUCGCUGUCCUCACCAGCCGGUCGCUGCGAGGUCCGCAGAAUCUGUUCUUAGUGUCACUGGCUGCUGCGGACAUUUUAGUGGCCACACUCAUCAUCCCCUUUUCUCUGGCUAAUGAACUUCUUGGUUACUGGUACUUUAAGUCUCUGUGGUGUGAGAUCUACUUGGCGCUGGAUGUGCUGUUCUGCACCUCCUCCAUUGUGCACCUGUGCGCCAUCUCACUGGACCGCUACCUGUCCAUUUCCAGGGUUACUUACGGGCGUCAGCGGACUCCCAAGCGCAUCAAAGCCGCUAUUGUGGUGGUGUGGCUCAUCUCUGCCAUCAUCUCCUUCCCUCCCUUGCUCUCACUGAACAAAAGCGAGGCAGGGGAGCUGGGAACUGAGAGGGGACCACAGUGCGAGCUGAAUGAUGAACGCUGGUACAUCCUUUACUCCACCAUCGGCUCCUUCUUUGCCCCAUGCCUCAUCAUGAUCCUGGUCUACAUAAGAAUCUACCAAAUAGCCAAACAGAGAACACGCUGCCCACCAGGAGAGCCCAGGAAGGAUGGGGUCGGCUGUGCCACACCGAGUCAGCCUCCACGGCAUGUACAGGCCAAUGGGAAGGAUGAGGAAGAAAGCACACCACCUUCAUCCAACAAAACCUCCAAUGCCAGACCCCCCACCCUUGCCAUCACCCCUUCUCCAUCCCUAGGAGAGUCUCAAAUCUCCCAGAACGCCACAGCCAAUAAUCUCCUGCAACCUCCGUCCACUUCUCCAGCCGUGACCCCUACCACAGCCUCCCUUGAUACCUCUCCCCAUGGCCCCUCAAGCCCCUCCUCUGUGCCUCAGUCUGCCCCUGCCAAGACUAAAGAGAAGGGGAAGAAGGGCAAGCGGCAGACAGGAAAGAAAGCUGACAAUAACAAUGGCGACAGCUCAAGCACAGAGAGCGAUAUGGAGCACAGCCACGGUGGAGGCCGAGGCAGCACCAGCAUGCCAGGGUCACCUGGAGGAGGAGGGGUCCACUCCCCGGCCUCAGUCAAGCGAUACCGGGACAUGCUGGCCACUUCAAAGGGGGCUCGGCUGGUGCCCGGGAGGAAGUCAAAAAUGGACAACAACCCCGGAGCAGCGAGGCGUAAAGCUAUGGUCAACAGAGAGAAACGUUUCACCUUUGUUCUGGCAGUGGUCAUCGGCGUGUUUGUGGUGUGUUGGUUCCCAUUCUUCUUCUCCUACUCUCUACAGGCAGUGUGCCCAGUGACCUGCGCCAUCCCCGAUCCACUCUUUAAGUUUUUCUUCUGGAUCGGUUACUGCAACUCCUCACUCAACCCAGUCAUAUACACCAUCUUCAACAAAGACUUCAGAAAGGCCUUCAAAAAGAUACUGUGCGGUGGCACCAAGGGUACUUUCUUUUAACAUAUAAAUCCACUGUAUAGGACAUGGACACACGCACAAAAAAAAAAGCUAUUUCUGAGGCAUAGAAAAUAAACAAUCAUUUCCAUUUUUCGGAACACUGAAAGGGCUGUUUUAAAAAUAUGUUGAACUGUGGAAAUUCCAGCAUAAAAUUCUGAACUGAGAGCCACUCUUUUACAGCCACAGUGUGUGCAAACAGGCAACUUGGACUGUGAAAUCCCAGCUCGCAGCUGACACACACAUCAUUUUUACAGGGUGUGGGUGAAAACAGGACAUGGAACAGAGGCAGAGCUCGACUACACUAAACUGCGUACCACUUCAGUACUGCUGAUAAGAUUUUGAAUGAAGGUUUUCUCUCCAGAUCACACUGAAUAAUGAAUAAUACUAUGAGAAAGAGUGGUGCAACAUCACAGAAGAAGUAUACACUCACUCUAUAAAACUGACAGGUCUUGAUGAAUGCAGGAAAACUAUUGAGAAUUAACUCCUGGAUGAGAAUUCAAACUGUUUAAUGUAUAAUAUAUAAGUUUUUUGUUGUUACGGAAGACUCCAGGGCUACUGGGGGAAAGAAGACAGGUAAAAAGAAGGAAAAGUGACCUUAGAUUCCUAUGAGCCUGGGGCCCUUUCUUUAUCAAUACAGAGCACAAGGAGCACACAAGGAUAGUGGUGAUUUCUUACGUCUGCAGUCUUAAUUUGCCAAGCUGCAGGGCAAACAUGUGUUCCUCAACCUUAUCUAAAAACGCAACAACAAGCGGAGGUUUCUGUUCUGAUCUCAAAUGUAAUAGCACAGACAAAGGCCCUCUUUCAAACCGAACUGAACUUGAGGACUUUUAUGUGGGAAGCCUUCAUGACAGACACCUUGCUCUUGGCUUGGCAGGGGUCACAGUGGACACUCAGGUUGCUUUCACCCAUCAUGAGAUAUAGAAGAAGCUGAAGUGUGGUGGACUUUGGAAAACCACAUGUAUGUUAUUGAAAUGUAAAAAUUAGACAGCUUGACACCCACCCCCCACCACCCCCCAUCCCCCUCCCUCAUCCACUUAGCUUGCUGUUUCCUGCUUUUUAACUUGACCCAGGUCACCCCAUCAGCGGCCUGGCCUGAGCAUUCCUUCAAAUGAACUGCCUCAUUAUUUGGACAUUUAAGUAACAUUCAAAACCAUUUCUCCAAUUAUGGAUGUGUAACGUUAACCCUAAUUACGCCUACAUGGGUUAUUCUGACAACCGUUUGGCUGAGUCACUCUUUACCAACGUCUCUGGCACAUCAUCGCCUGCACUUGGACCUCUACAUGGCAUAUUUGGUUUGUUGCUGAGAGGCGACAAGCCAAAUGUAUUUUUCAGUUUUCUCGACAAAAAAAAAAAAGAAGAAGAAGAAAAAGAGAAAAAGAAAAGAGAAAAAGAGAAAAAGACAAGAAAAAAAGAGAAAAAGAAAACGUGUCUGUUACCGUGAACAGCACACAGGUUUAUUGACUCAAUGGGACAAGGGCUGUCAGCAGCAACACUUCAAUUUACUAAUUGUCUAAUUCUGCUGACCUGUGUGAGUGUGUGUGUGUGUGUGUGUGUGUGUGUGUGUGUGUGUGUGUGUGUGUGUGUGUGUGUGUGUGUGUGUGUAUGACGUGCAUGUGUGCGUGUGCGUGUUGACUUUCAUGUUUUUUCUGUAGAAAGUGUCAGUGCCUCCUCUGGCUGCUAUGUACUACAGAUCUACUGUAAUAUUGAUAAGAACAGAGACUAGAUUUCCUGGCGCAGGCAUCACAUUGCUGUCUGUCAUGUGAAUGUUUCACUUGAUAUAGAAAUCAGUAGUAUAUCACUAUGUUGAGAAAGUCUUAUUGAGCUGAAAGGCAGUGUUUAUCGGUGAUGUUAAGUACAUGGCUUUUUAGUGAUCACCCUCAAGGGACCAAAAGGCCUUACAGGACACCAGCCUGACUCAGUGAUAUCUGGCUCUGUGUUGCUUUAAUGAAGUAUUACUUUAUAUUUGGUUUAUGUGAUGGGAGUCAAAGAUUGAAAACAUUGUAUUAUUUAUUUCAAACUAGUUUGUGUUUUCUGUCUGUUACCUAUUUAUUGUUCGGUUACUGUGCUUUUAUUCUGAAAGUCAAGCAAAGUGGAACUGAUCAAAGAGUGCGAACACUGUACAGAUUUUUUAUGUGUUGAAUACGAGCAAAAUUGAUUCAUGCCAUCGAGCUCUUGCUUUGUGAGACUGAUCUACACCUGAGCUUGGGGGAUGUAUUUGUGUUGAACUAAAGGAAUGUGAACUUUGAGUUAUGUGCAUAAUGCAGAACCUACAAUGCAACAUUUAUCAUCAUUGUUUCAUCUAGUUAUAGUACGGUAAAAUGUUCAAUCAGACAUACAAGCACAUUCAUGGAUGUACAAUUUAUCAAGUAUACUGCAGCAGGAAAACCUCUUCACCAGUGCUACUGUGCAAACUUUUUUUCCUGGAAAAGUAAUCGACCGUGAACGUGUCAAUAGCACCAGUAGCCAGUUUCAGUCGGAUGACUUGCAGGCUUUGUGCAGGACAUUACGGCUACAGUCCAUACCAAACACAGCCGCUUGGAGAUUCAGAUAACCAAUUAAACAAAAUGGUUGGGAGUACGAGCUCUGUGCACUUGUACAACUGUUCCCUGCCCUCAUCUGAAAAGGUUAUUUUCUCUCCAGAAAUACAAACAGCUAUAGCAACGCAAUAUUCAUGCGGUCAUGGAUUCAUGACGUUUUCCAAUAAAUAUGAGUUGUAAUGCUGCUCUCACCCCCCCACCCCCACCCCCCACCCCAACCAUGGCUUUAUGUGGUGAGAAUGCUGCUCUGUUUACUUUUAAAAGUAUGAAUUAGCUUCAAGGUGACAGAUGCAGUAAUCUGCCUCUUGAUCACCAUCCUUUUCCCCGAGACCGCCUGUAUUGUCUCUUCCCUGACUGUGUUUGGACCAAACUGCAUGGUCUGAGCUUCACAAUCUUUUAUCCCCCAUCUGUCAUCAUCCCUCUCCAGUUUGGAAAUAAAGCUUCAUGAAAAAGCAUGA